AUGAUUCAAUCAUUAGCCUGUUGUCAUAAUAUUCAUUCAAAUGAUGAUUCUACAAUGAUAUCAUGUAAUCGACCAAUACGUAAUGUACAUUUUGAUCAAACUAGUGGUAUACCAAAUGAUUGUACUGUAAUGGUUGUUAAUUCUGAUAAUCAACCAUCGUCUGUUAUUUGUCAACCGCAUCAUUGUUUACCAUCCUGCUCCUGCUCCUCCUCAACAACGAAUCAUCCAUUUCAAUCAACCAAUCAUCAUCAUCAUCAUCAAAUAAAAGAUGAUCAAAUGGAAUUUGAUGAAAACGGGAUUGUACGUCAUUUGAAUAGUGUACAACGUAUUAAAUUAACUGAAGAUUUAACAAUUAUUGAAACCAAUAUUAAUGUCCUAAAUGAUUUAUUAGCUGAAUUAAAACCAGAUACAAUUACAGAGGAUGAUUUGAAUUUACUUAAAGUAAGUAAUUAA